UUUUUCACUUCUUCAUCUACUCCACAAUUAGUGCCCCCUUUAUUAGUACGGAAUAGUACUUAGUAGUAGGGAAUAGUAGGGAAUAGUAGGGAAUAGUACAGAAUAGUAUACAAUAGUAAUGCUUAUUGUGGGUCUAACUGGAGGUAUUGCCUCAGGUAAAUCAACAGUUGUAAGUAGACUUAAAGAGAAACAUGGCUUAACUAUAGUCGAUGCCGAUUUAAUAGCUCGAGAAGUUGUUGAACCAGGUAAAGUAGCUUAUAAACAAAUAGUAGAUUCAUUUUUACCCAUAGUAAGUGAUCUUUUAAAUGAAGAUAAAUCAUUAAAUCGUGCAGCCUUAGGUAGAGCCGUAUUUGGAAAUUCAGAAAGAUUAAAAAUCCUUAAUUCAAUUGUUCAUCCUGCUGUUAAGAAAGAAAUUGCCUGGCAAAUCUUUCGAGCUUAUAUAAGAUUUAAAAAUUUAGUAAUUCUUGAUGUUCCACUAUUAUUUGAAACUAAACUUGAUAUUAUAUGUGGUUUAACUAUAACUAUAACAUGUCCUAAAGAUUCUCAAUUACAAAGAUUACUUAAUCGAAAUCCAGAUUUAACUGAAUUGGAAGCAAAGAAACGUAUUGAUAGUCAAUUAACUAAUGAUGAAAGAAAUUUUAGAGCUGAUGUGGUUAUUGAUAAUAGUAAAGAUUUAAAACAAUUAUAUAAAUCAGUUGAUGCCGUAGUAAAUGAAAUUAAUCCAAAUAUUAUAUUUACUAUAUUAGAUUAUUUCCCACCAUUUGCCAUAUUAUCUGCAUUAUUUACAUUUGCCAUUAGAAAUUUAAGAGACAAAUUUACAGGUAAGAAACCAUCAUCAAAAUUUGAUUAAACUAAACUAAAUUAAAUUA